UAAGUAGUGUACAAAAUUACAGAACGCCAAAAACUUGACAGUUUUCUAAAUUACUUAGUGUUCUUUUUAAAUGGGCAAAAUGGGUGACCUAGCGAUUGGAAUUGAUCUGGGUACCACAAACUGCUGCGUUUCUAUCUACAUGAACAAUAAGAUUUUUAGUGUAAGAACAGUCUGAAGUGAUUCAUUAUCAUUACUAGAGAGAUGCAAAAAUAGUUCAAGGACGCGGUUAUAACUCCCACUCCUCAUUAUCAUUGCCACUCCAGUGUCGCGCGGCGAAAUGCAAGAUUUAACAUACAUAUCAGUGCACCGACGGGCGAAGCGAAGCAAUAACAGCGGACGCUGCUGACGGAAAGUGGUGGGAGGCGCCUGUCCUAAAACUGCAUCUCCUUAAUCAUUACACAUAAAACCAACUAAACAAAGCCCUCAAGAAAUUUAAAUAAAUAACCUUUUGACAAACACGUGCCUUUAUUUUUGUAACAUAUGUAUUUAGAUUAGCGUUGAAUCCAAUACCUACCACUUUAUAAUGACUAGAUUUGUGUACAUAGUUAGUACGAACUGUGUCAGGUAGGCUUUUUGAGAUGAUGUUGUGAAUUCCACUGACUGUGGGAUACCUCCAGCUGUUAAUUCCUCUUUUCAUGCGUUUUCGAUGUUAAUAUGUAUGUUUGAGCCUCCAGCGAGCAAGUAAACAAUAGCAACAGGAAAACAUUACUAUAUUCGAAAUUUACCGUAUCGGUAGUGUUUUCUUCGUUUUCAAACAUGGUUCUUGAAGAUCGUUGUAUACCCUAACCCACGGUUGUAGAAUAGAUAGGUUUGUACACUAAUGGCUUGGGAUGGCGACGCUUCUUUUCGAUCCCUAUAUCCAUGGAAAGGACACAUACAGCUAGCGCCUCUACCUUGUCGAGCGGAAAUCAUUCUAGUUAUUUUGGGGAUUUUCGUUUACAUUGCUUUAUGAACAAUACAAAAUUUGUAAAUGACAUUUGAUCGGAGUCGAUAAGUAGGAUUUCUUUUAUUAAUUACAUCGGUUAUAGACAGAUGCCUAUAGAGUUCUGUGUCCCUAAAACGUCAAAAACCAGGCGACGCGAUCGACAAUUGGCGUCGCUAACCAGGGAUAUGCAAAUGUAUGCUAGUGUAUCAACCUAUCUAUUCUACAACCGUGCCCUAACCUAAUACUAAUCAUUGUCAAUAGACUUUUCGUUCAAUGACAUUUUUUUUUCAUUGACCUUCAUUUAAUCUUUCAAUAUAUUCGAAAUUUUAAUAGAUAGAAGUCGAAAAUAGGUAAUAACACACGUUUAUUAUUUUAUUAUCGGUACCAAUUAUCAGUUACAAAUCAGUGAUAAGUGAAAUCUUUUAAAGCAAAUUUUGUUAUUAUUUCAUAUUUAUUUUAUAAAGUUUUUGUUAUAUAGGGAAUUUAGUUUAGAAUUGUUAAUUAUGUUUUCUUAGGUUGGUAGAUAAGUAAGGUUAAGUCGCAGAGUAACGUUCUAAAAAGCAAUUGUAAAAAUGGCGUCGAAUAUAGUUGAGUUUAGUUAAAUUGCAUUUCUACAUUCUUGACAAAACCCUUUCCCAUUUGAGGCCACGACAUCACAAAUUGGCGACGAGGAUACCAAGGAAUCGAGAUGGGUCCCAAAGCAGAUCCAGCGAGUGGCGGCAGCGGCGGCACCACAAAAGUAACAGUUAUUAAUACCGGAAAUUUGUCGCAUGUAAAACAAUUUAAUCUGGGAGACGAUUGGGAGAUUUUUUCUGAGCGACUGGAGCAGUCAUUGGUGGCAAAUAUGGUAGAAGAGGAAAGGAAAGUAGCUAUUUUAUUAACGUCCAUUGGAGAGGAAGUCUACAAGAUUUUGAGAGAUGUUUGUCAUCCAGUAAAGCCGAAGGAGAAGUCGUUUGCUGAAUUACUUCAGUUGUUGGAUGCCCAGUUUAAGGCAAAGGUGUCAGUUUAUCGUAAGCGGAUAGAAUUUGAUUUGUUGAGGCAGACAAACGAAACUAUUGCGGAAUGGUUUAUGAAGGUUAAAAACGCCGCAGCAGCAUGCUCCUUUGGUAGAAAUCUGGACGACCGGGUCAAGGACAAGUUUGUAGUUGGGUUGAAGCCAGGGUUGAUCUUAGAUAGACUGUGCGAAGAGUCUCUCGACAAGAGCUUACAGGAUCUUUACGAACUGGCAGUAACAAAAGAAGCGGCUCUACGGCAAACACGACACGAAGUCGGAAUACAUCGAGUGGUGAAGUUUCAGGAGAAGAAAGAGGGAAAAGCACGGCCUGAAGGAGAGAAGCGCUGUUAUCACUGUAAUAAGGGUAACCAUAAUUUUAAAAAUUGUAAGUUCAAAUCUUAUGUAUGCGCUAAAUGUAAAACAAGAGGGCACAUUGCGGCGGCUUGUAAAAGCAAGAUUGUUAGAAAUCAUUGUGUUAGUCAGAGUGUUGAAGAGAUAGUUAAUGAUGAAAGUUCCAAUUCUGAAAUUUUUCAAAUAACUGAGGUAUAUUCAAAUAACUAUAUAGAGCCAUAUUAUGUAUAUGCCAAAAUUAAUAAUUGUGCUGUAAAAUUUGAAGUAGAUACAGGGGCAGCACUAUCGUGUAUUCCACUCAAUAUUUAUGAACAUAAUUUUUCAAAAGUAAAAUUACAGGCAACUAGAGUUAAUCUGAGGACAUAUAAUGGGCAAAUUAUUUAUCCUGUAGGAGAAAUUGUUGUCAAAAUUAAAUAUAAGCAGGUAGAAGUAGAAGGCAAGCUAAUUGUAGUUAGAGAAGGAUGUAGAACUUUAAUGGGGCGAGAUUUGUUAACUAAAUUUAACAUAGGUAUUCAAACUAUAAGGAAUGAUGUUAAUACACUUAGUAUGGCAAGCAAUCCUCAUAUUUUGACUCCACUGCUUAAUGAAUUUAAGCAACUUUUUACUGAUGAGUUAGGGCGCUAUAAUGAGGAAAAAAUCAGGCUUGAAAUGAUCGAAAAUGCGACUCCAAUUUUUCAUAAACCAAGGCCAGAACCACUUGCGUUCAAGGGUAAAAUACAAAAAGAGCUGAAUAGGUUAGAGCGGUUAGGUGUAAUUGAAAAAGUACCAACAGCUAAAUGGGGAACUCCAUUAGUUCCUGUAAUGAAACCAAAUGGGACAGAUAUCAGACUUUGUGCUAAUUAUAAAAUCACUAUUAAUAAAUAUUUAAAAGAUGUGCAUCACCCUUUACCUCGUAUAGAUGAAAUAUUUGCAGCCUUACAAGGUGGUGACAAGUUUACUAAGUUAGAUUUUUUAAAUGCUUACAAUCAAUUAGAGGUGGAUGAUGAAACUAGUGAGUUAUUAGCUUGGAGUACUAGUCAGGGAAUUUACAAAGUCAAACGUUUACCUUAUGGAACCAAACCCGCUUGUUCUUUAUUUCAAUUAGUAGUUGAGAAAGUGUUGCUAGGGGCGCCAGGGGUAGUCAAUUUUCUUGAUGAUAUUCUGGUCACAGGUAAAAACGACCAAGAACAUUUAAACAACUUGCGAGAAGUUCUAGUUCGUUUACAAAAGGCAGGAUUUCGUUUAAACAUGAAAAAGUGUGAAUUUUUUAAGAAUAGUAUUCAUUAUUUAGGACACAUUAUUACAAAUAAAGGCUUACAAAAAGAUCGUUCUAAGGUUAAAGCUAUUUUAGAAGCACCAAUACCACGAAAUGUAACUGAGGUUAGAGCUUUCACAGGAAUGGUUAAUUAUUAUUCAAAGUUUAUAUCAAAUUUGCAGAGCAAAAUGAAACCUCUGUAUAGUUUACUGGAACAGGGUAGUGUUUUUAAGUGGACAAAAGCAUGUCAGCAAGCUUUUGAUGUAGCAAAACAAGAAAUUAGCUCUGAAUUAGUUUUAGUACAUUAUGAUAUAAAUAAACCUCUAAGAUUAGUGUGUGAUGCCAGUCAAUAUGGUAUAGGAGCCGUCCUAAAUCACGUAGAUUCAGACGGGACAGAAAGACCCAUUAGUUUUAUUUCACGGGUGUUAACAAAAUCUGAAAAAAAUUAUUCAAUGAUUCAUAAAGAAGCGUUAAGUAUUUAUUGGGCAGUACAAAAGUUUUAUCAAUUCUUAGUCGGUAGAAAAUUUGAAAUUAUGUCAGAUCACAGACCCCUCCAAGCUUUGUUUGGUGAAACACGUAGUCUACCACAAAUGGCAGCUGGAAGGUUACAACGAUGGUCUUUAUUUUUGUCUAAUUUUGACUACACUUUCAAAGUUAUUAAAGGGUCAGAGAAUGUUAAAGCAGAUGCCUUGUCCAGACUCCCGCUACCAUUUGAGGAAGGUGGUGAAGAAGAAAUCUAUGAUUAUUUACAUUUUGUUGAAAAUUGUGUGCCAAUAGAUGUUAAUAUAAUAAGAUCUGAAACAAGAAAAGAUCCUAUCUUAAGCAAAAUAUAUAAUAGUCUUAGAUACGGUUUUCCUGAAAAACCAGAUAACGAGAUACUAAAACCAUUUUUUGUCAGAAAAAAUGAAUUAUAUAUUGAUAAUGGUAUAAUAAUGUGGGGUUACAGAGUGGUAAUUCCAACAAAACUGAGACAGCAACUAUUGAAGGAAUUGCAUAACACGCAUGAGGGGAUGGUUAAGAUGAAAGCAAAUGCAAGGUCUUAUUUUUGGUGGCCUUCCUUAGAUAAUGAAAUUGAAGAUUAUGUCAGGCGUUGUAAUAUUUGUAUGUCAGAAAGACCAGAACCAUUAAAAAGUAAAGCAGCGAGUUGGCAAGACGCAAAACAUUUGUAUGAGAGAGUUCAUGCUGAUUUUUUAGGACCGAUCAGGGGGAAAAUGAUUCUCAUAAUCAUUGAUAGUUUCUCUAAAUGGCCAGAAGCCUUUGUAAUGAACAGUACAAAUGCAAUUCAUACUGUUGAAAAAUUUCGAGAAGUUUGCUCGCGUUUUGGGUUACCAAAAUUAAUCGUAACAGAUAACGGUACUCAAUUUGUUUCAGAACAAUUUUCACAAUUUUGUUUUUAUAAUGGUAUCAAACAUAUGACCUCUCCUCCGUAUCAUCCUCAAUCAAAUGGGUUUGCAGAAAAUAGUGUAAAAACGUUAAAAUCGUCAAUAAUAAAAAUGUUCAAAGCGGAAAGCAAGGCAGUACCAAUGGAAACUCUUAUAAAUAGAUUUCUGUGUCAUUAUCGUAAUUCUAUACAUCAAACAACGGGAUAUAGACCCUCCGAAUUAGUUUUUAAAAACAAAAUAAGAACUCGUUUAGAUUUAUUAACAGAUAAUAAUAAAGGUGUUAAGGCAAAUAGAGGUAGUCGGAGCGUAAGAGUAGUGGAAUUUGAUGAGGGAGAAUUAGUAUAUUGUAGGGAUUAUAGAAUGCCUAAUAAGAAGAGUUGGGUAUUGUGUAAAAUCGAUGAAAGGUUAGGUGACAAUGUUUAUAUGUGUAGGUUAUUAAAUGAAAAUGUUGUGUGGAAGAGGCACCUAGAUCAAAUUGUAAAGGCGCUUCCUCCAAAUGAUGGGAGUGUUGUUAACAGUGAAGAGAGGCGAGAUACUGUUAACCAAACUCAUCAAUCUCAUCAUCAAAACGCAGAGACACAAGAAGCUAUUGUACCUUUAACUCCUAGUGUUAGGUUAGAACAAGAAAACGUCAAUGAACCUCUGACGGAAGUAGUAGAAAAUGAUGGAGGUGAACCUGUAAUAAUUAAUACUAGACCAAAGCGUCAGUUUAAACCACUUCAGCGCUUAAACUUGUGAGAGGGAGGUAUUGUUAUAUAGGGAAUUUAGUUUAGAAUUGUUAAUUAUGUUUUCUUAGGUUGGUAGAUAAGUAAGGUUAAGUCGCAGAGUAACGUUCUAAAAAGCAAUUGUAAAAAUGGCGUCGAAUAUAGUUGAGUUUAGUUAAAUUGCAUUUCUACAUUCUUGACAAAACCCUUUCCCAUUUGAGGCCACGAC